UCAAUCAUCAUAUCUUCCCAUCCACAUACAAACAGAUAGCACACAUAUACUUACGGAUUCACUACAGACUAGAGCUACGACCACCAACUUGCUACUUGAUUUGUCGCUGAGAGGGACAUUUUACGACCGCCUCGAAUCCUGAAUCUCAUCACGCCCUUUGACGACCUUGCCCCCCGACUCUCGCCUUUUCCGAUCCUCAAUCGACCUUAUCAACCUCCUACCGUUCUUAGCACGAUACCUACGACCACAAGAGUCUCCUUUAUAAGCGUUCAGUUACCUCGUAUUUACGGACAUUCCGACAAUCAACGCUUGACACCCGUGUUGAACGAACAAAGCUAGAAGAGACACACACAAGUUCCUGCGAUUUGACGAAAGAUGGCUCAACCUCCUCGAAGCAUCAAGUGUGUGGUCGUAGGAGAUGGAGCUGUUGGCAAGACCUGUCUCUUGAUAUCAUAUACCACCAACGCUUUCCCCGGAGAAUACGUUCCUACCGUCUUCGACAACUACUCUGCCCAGGUCAUGGUCGACGGGACCACCGUCAACCUCGGACUCUGGGAUACCGCCGGUCAAGAAGAUUACGACCGACUGCGUCCCCUUUCUUACCCCCAGACCGACAUCUUCCUGGUCUGCUUCUCGGUCGUCAGUCCAGCGAGCUUUGAAAACAUCAAGACCAAGUGGUUGCCCGAGAUCGCGCACCAUUGUCCUCAGACGCCCAAGAUCCUCGUCGGCACCAAGCUGGAUAUGAGGAAAGAUCCGCAGACUUUGGACAAGAUGAGGGAGAGGAAGCAACAGCCGAUUGAGUACAGUCAAGGUGUCAGCAUGGCCAACCAGAUCCAAGCGGCCAAGUACCUCGAAUGCUCUGCCUUGACGCAACUCGGACUGAAGACGGUCUUUGAUGAGGCCAUCCGGGUCGUCCUCACGCCCAACCGACGAACGACAAAGGCAAAGAAGUCGGGAUGCGUCACCAUGUGAUCACUGCAUCCUUGAACGAACUCAGCCUCAUACACGAUGCUAUCUCUGUCUGUUCGACGAACAACUUCCCCUCUUCCUCAAUCGCUGCGCCCGGUCAACUAUGUGCGCCAAUGCUUCCCCCUCCUCGCUCUGCCUACUGUGGUCCCGUUUCAUCUUGACGAUCCUCCGCCCGCGCUUUUGUAAUGACGUCCUAUGACUCGCUUAGAGUGGUCUGUCGACCCGCUUAUAUUUGAUGCAGAUGGUUUGAUUCCCUUUUA